AUGUGGAGCUUGUGUCUGGUGGUGCUAGUCAUCUCUACUACUCUCACGGCUGCUGCUGAGGGUUCUUGCUGUGGAUCUCAAAAGCGUGAGUGGACCGAGGCGAAAGACAAUCGCGUCUUUCCGCAGCACAAAGCCCUGAGCCAGGAACUGGUAGACUAUGUCAAUCAGGUGAGUUUUCACGACCAUAAACUUUGGAAAUAAUCAGUUGUUUGUCGCAUCUUCUUCACAACUUGUCUGCCCUAGAAGUGGCGAUUAGUGACUCAGAGUCAAGCAAUUUCGCGUAACAAUCCCUUAGAAGCUCAGUUGAUCAGGAAUUGACGUUAAGUAAUUCUGGUUCAGACCCUGUGUCGGGACGUCUAUUCCCUGUGGGACGAAUUCGAGGGCUUCAGACACCUAUGCAGGUCAUCGUCCGCAAUUAAUGGCUGGCCAGCAGCCGAUAUGCUGCUCGAUAAUGCGUAAAUAAACUAUCCUUAAGGGGUUUUUAAGUAUUAUUUAUCGCCGGAUGAAGUAGGAGGGUGCAAUCCUUGUACUGCCAUCAGCUUUCAGUGAAAAACGCACGAUUACCAAGACUCGAGGUACAGUAAUUAACUGUGCUUUACUUCAAGGCCUGCGCCCUCCCCCGCCUCCGGUCUUCUUGACUAUGUCUUGACACGGGUUCCAGGUGGGGAGUGGGGAAGAGAUUGUGCGGUAGAUGCUGCGCAAGUCUACUUUCGCCAUGAACUAAUUCACGCGCAAGUCACUGUGUCUGCUGCACUUAGCCGUGUAGCACACGGUGGACAUCGUUGGAAUCGACGGUCUAACUGUCAUCAUUCGUUCAAAAAAUGUGCCGCAUACGAAUUUUAUAUCAUUUCAAUGAUUUUGAACAACUGAGAAUUGCAAUCAACAGGAAUGAAAGCGAUCUGAAUUCUUCAGCUUUGUAAUUUCCUCAGAAAUUAAUCGCUAACUUGGAAUUAAUCAAUCUGUUUGAGAUUUACAAGCUCAGAUUGAAAUUCGGUAAUGGAUAUUUGGAUGAAGUCCAUCAGCCAUGGCGGAAUAACCGCGUAAUAUUCGUAAACUGCCAACGAGCAGCCAGUAUUAUAAACGUGUGAAACAUACAUAUAAACGUAUAAACGUAUGUAUGGUAUACCAUACCUGACAGUUCACCCCUGGCUUCAUUCGACAGACCGGAGCCCAAAGGUAAAGCGGAACGCCCGUAUCCACUCACACAGAGCCUAGUCUCCGCAGUGCAGUGUAUGCUGUCCUCAUUGUCGAAACAUCACGAACCAUGCAUGCGAAAGGCGAACGCUCAAGGUCACCCAGGCGCGCUCAAACCACCUUUAUGCUGGCUGGAAAGUACUUCAGUCUAUGACAUUCCCGCGUGUCUUCAAGACGGCGGGACUGUCUUCCGUGCUCGAUGCACGUCCUGUCUACAAGCAGCCUGCUGUUUUGUAUACAUAACACACAGCGUGUGCCAAGAGUUCACAGGGGCGGUUUGGAUGUCCAGUGUAUAGGGCUACUAUAGAGGCCUACUCCCUAAUGAACGCAUCGGUACCUGCACGCGCAUCGAUGCUGCCGACCGCUCGACAUUUAGCCAUCAAAUGUUGCCAAGACGGCCAACGCCCCUACAAAUCUGCAUUGUGCUUCUAUGCACCCUCAGCUACAACAAGUCGAAUUUAGUAACAGUGAUGCAGACAAAAGCAACAGCCCCAUUUAAUAAACGCUUCUUGGGUCGAAUCUUAUUUUGUAGACGCACCUGCGGUAGACAAGCCCUAGCCGCCUGUCAUACGGGACCAGUAGCUAUGGGGAGGGGUGGUUUACACUAACCCCAACCCAUACCACUAACCCCUAACACUAACCGCAUCCCUGACAGGUGCGGCUGCGAAAUAAGAUCUAACCGUUUCUCGAGACGAACUCUUUGGGAGGCAUUUAGAUGAGGUCAAUGCACCUUGCGGUUUAGGUGUUGCCAGAUGAAUUUUUUCCAUGACCGGUGUAUAUUUUUGAAAAUGCUAAUGAGUAGCCUUGACUGCCACUUUUCGUUUUCGCAGACGAUAACUCUACUGAGUCAGUCAACAGAGUGAUUUUUGCCUUCAGAAGAGCGCGUUUCGUCGCCACAAGCAAUCUGCAUUACAAGAAAAUGGACGCUUGUGUGAGAAGUCACUUUCUCGUAAUUGAGUCAGCUGAUGGAUAGAAGCGAAUAUGCGAAUCCCAGGUUCUUGUUGUAAAGAAGAUGAACACGCGAUCUCUGGGACAAUAGUGCAUUAGUCUGAGCUUUCGGUCUCGUACAGGAGGCCAUCGUCAGAGGUUAUUAGAAUGCAGCGUCAAAUGAGCAAUUUUUGUAGUCAAACAAUGAUGGAAGGGGGAUAGGAGUGCAGGGGGGUGGUGUCGGCAGUCUCUGACGAUGGCCUCGUGUACGAGACCGAAAGCUCAAACUAAUGUACGUAUUGUCUCAGAGAUCGCGUGUUCAUCUUCCUUACAAGUCUGCUCAUGUUCAGUGCAGGAUCAGGGCGCAUUUGGUGCGUGUUAGAUGGGGACAGACGCCAAGACUCGCUUGCAGUCGACUGGCAGACCACUGGUGCUUUCUAGAGGGGGGAGGAGAAGAGGUCGAUCCAGUAUGAAUCCAGCUCUUUGUCACAAUCAAGCGCACCUUUAAACUACUACUACUACUACUACUGCUGCUGCUACUACUACUACUACUACUACUACUACUGCGACGGCCUAACUGCUGAAGGAGAGAGAGGACCAAUCACAAAUAUGCUCUGCGGUGUGCGUGUAUAGAUAAAAUACCUCACAACAGGUGAAUCAAAGGCAGGUGCCUCGCCGGUCAAGGCACGAAGCAAAAGACCACUGCGGCCUAGGAUAUGGUUUAUGACCUGGGUUUACUUACUGCGGGGAGCAUUUGUGCUGAGCAGAAGAGGUAAACGUCGAAGAACUUUGUGGUAUCACAACUUUUGAUCCUCCAUAUUGUCGCCAAUUAAAAGGGGACACUAUUUUUACCAUUUAAAGAUAAUAGUAAAUCAGUUUACUGCCCCUCUGCCCUACACAAUAGCUACCGCGAGAUCUUCUUAUUUCUUUCUCUGGAACGCAUAAAUAAAUAUCGCCAGUUAGCUUCUUUUAGCACAAUUGCUCUCCGGGAUUAAGUAACCCCGGCCGUAAACCAUACCUUUGUCUCAAUUCCUUCCUCUUAGGCGAACCUUCCGCCCACAAUGUCCUCUAAUUUUCACUGAAACAAUUGCCCCCUAAAACCGUCAGUCAGGUUUGAUAGGAACGUGUAGUGUUAGUGGCACGAUGUCAACGACUAAGUGCCUGGAAGUGACAAAUUAUUCCUGCUCUUUAUGGGACACCAAUGUAUGAUAGUUUAUGUUUAUGUACCGAAAUUCUGCUUAGUCGUGGAAUCUCUUAUUGGGUAAGCUCGACGAUCAUCAUGUUAUUUUUAAACAAUCGCGGGUAAUAUGUGGUUUGGUAGCCCCACUUGAUGGACACAACACUGUUGGGGUUGGGGUUAAGGGUUCGGGAUAAGGAUAACUAUUUCUCAACCACUCAAAGUACAACCGCGAAUUCCCAGUCGCUUUUCUUUUGCAUACAACUACUUGACCUCGUCGCCUGUGCGUCCCCCGUCUCCACCUUUAAAAGCCCCUAUUACCACCGGUCCCGUAUUAGAGGUGACUGGGGUUUGUCUACUUCAGGUGCGGCUACAUAGCCACAUCCGACCCGAUCGCGGAACAAUGUUUUGUGGCUUAGAAAAAAAACACUAGUCAAGUUGCUAUAGCUGCGCGUACACAUAAGAGGCCUUAUAGACGUCGCACCUACGUAGUUGAAAUCUAGUAGGUGAAUUAACCGCGUCUAGACAACACCUAAGCUUGUGUGGGCUUCAGCGCGUUUCGGUCUCACCUGCGUACGUUCUCCACUCUGGCAGAACCGUUAUAUUUUAGCGUUAGGAGCAGGGCAGCCCCGGUUGUCAUGUCAAGUGGCAGUUUACUCUCCUGGUUCCACGCAAAAUGGACCUACUGUUAACCGGAUAAGCCAAAUGCGGGGAACCGGCUCAUAACCAGACAUAUUUUCUGCUGCCUUGAACAGUCACCCUAAUAGAUGUGCAUUCGUUAUGUAAAUCUGUUGACUCUUGCGUAAUUCGUUAAUUUACCGUCGGUUCACGGUGAAUAGAGCCCUCCUUGCUGAGAAUUUUGAUUAAUACUUCCGAAAUAAAGCUUAUUCCCCUCUCUCUCCCUCAAAGGUCUUCAGUAAUAUGACAAUUCUACAAUUCAUUGAUAUUUUGGCAGAUUUUGACUAAUUCAUAUUGACCCAACCGUGAAAAACUCGGCGCCUCGGUGGGAUUCGAACCCACGCAGUAAGGGGAAGGCUUUAGCGCAGCCAACGCUCUAACCACCUGAGCUACGAGGUGGAUUCCAGACGUUGCAGUAGGUUGGGCGGGUAACUUGACCCAAAUGUGAUUAAACUCGCGUCGUCCGGCGGGGCCUCGUAGCUCAGGUGGUUAGAGCGUUGGCUGCGCUAAAGCCUUCCCCUUACUGCGUGGGUUCGAAUCCCACCGAGGCGCCGAGUUUUUCACGGUUGGGUCAAUAUGAAUUCUACAAUUAACAAAAAAAAACAGUGAAUCAGUGCUUAGUGUAGGUCCGGCCGUUUACGAGUCUACAAACAGGGCCAGCCUGUAUUGUUCUCCGCCCACGCAUGCUCUGGAGGUACGACAGCGACGGUGUUUACUUAAGGGUUUACGUGUCACACACACCUGGUGGUGCAGAUUUGGCGCCUGCUGAUGGCUGUAAUUGGACGUUCUGGCGAGGUACAGGACGUCAGACUGACACCCCGAUCUGGGCCAUUUGCACUCUAGUUCUGACCCCUGAGCCAGUGACGGUCGGAUGUUUGAAGGCAGCCCCUGGCUGAGACGGCGAUUCCUUACAAGAGAAAGUGCGUCCGCAUGGGGGGGGGGGUGCGCCCUGGGCUUCCGCAAAACGGCCGCAAGUAUCCCCCCUCCCUUGACGUGGCAUGGUUUCAAGUAGUAGAGUCAGUAGAAGUGUUACUACCCUGAAAAAAAAACUGAUAAUCUCCAAUGUGCAAUCCAAGUGAGCAACAAAGCCUAGGUUCUAUGGCUCGCAGACUCAGGUUGACUCCAAGAGACAGUGGCAGCAGUCACAACGGUUCAAUAAAAUAUCCACUGCCAGGCUACUAGUACUUAAUUAAACCCCCGCGACAAGGGAGAUUCGAACAAACGAUAAACGGGCGCAUUUGUCGUAAAAUUUGGACGCUGGUAUUAAUUGGCCUAGUUGAACUGGCCCGAGUUGAUCUGUGCAGUUACUGCCGCUUUUUCUGAUCUGGUCAGAAGUUGUGUUUUAGUUGGAGCCAGUCAAAUGUACUGGAUGACUUUAAGUUGCAGAAAGACAUAUCACUAAGCCAUGCGUUGACGGAAAAACCAACAGUCGCCACCCUGCUCAGAUGGGCAGGCUGGAUCGGGUCGUUUUGGUAAAACCAACACCUCGGGCCACCAAACCUCGGAGAUCUUAAGUGCAGAGCGAAGCCCUGUUUAUAGAGUCCACGGAUGCGACCACCAUCAUGCCUGUUGCACUGACUGCCAGCGCCAGCGUAGGCUGCCAUUUGCUUGUUAACUUCCCGUUGUCAUGCCCCCCUCCCCAGCCUACUGCGUGUUUGCAUUUCCUGUGGCCUCUUUUUUAACGCAACAACUUGGAGAUGCAGCCUGCGGGUUUGGCCUUUAGCUUUGUCAUGACGCGAGGCUCUCACACCGUAAGUACCUCAAUGUAGUGAUUGAUUCAUUGGGGUCUGAGAGUCGCAUCAUUUGCAGUAUUUGUUGUCCUGUUGUUAGCGUCAUCCUUCCCCACCCCCCCCCCCCUGCCCCCACCCAAUCGCAUCGAUCUUACCGAGGUUGAACCGAUGAUCGGUCUGGGUGGCACGAAUUGCCGUCUCUGAGAUCCGAUCUGACCCCCCCCCGCACCACGACUCCCCGGGCAACCAAAUCCACACACACAAAAAGAGACUACGACAGACGCCAGCCAUAAGUGGACAGACGUGAAUAGUUUAACCGCAAAUUAGUAACCCACUUGCAGCCAGCAUUGGUGCUGGCAGUCAACGAGACAGGUGUUCGUACCCGCGGACCUUAUAACGCAGGUUUCACGAUGGAUUCAAGAGCAUGCGGGACUAAGCCACCGAAUAUGCCGUUUGGAACGUCAACAGCCUUAUAAACCUAUUCCAGUAAAUCUUGCUCCUUCCAUGCACACAUGCAAGUUAUCAAUAAUAUUUAUGAUAGAAGCUAACAGGCGAGUUCCAGGUAGCAGUUCAGAAGACGAAGAUGCGAUCACCGGAACAAGAAAUUUAUUGGUUCGAAGUUUUGGAUUUUCACUCGAAUCCAUCAUCAUCUGCGAAUGUCUCUGAUGAUGGAUUUGAGUAAGAAUCCGCAACGUCAGGCCAAUAAAUUUCUUGUUCCAGUGAUCGCAUCGUCGUCUCCUGAAUCAUAUUUAUGUCAACUAGGACAUACCCCGACAGAAGAUGAGCAUUACUGUACUUUCAUGCCUAGCAAAUCAGUAUCCACCACUCAUUCUGCUGCCAGAUGCUAACUUUUUCAGAGGUCAGUACGCCAUGUCGGAUGCUUCAGAAGAAGAUGGAACAAAAGUCCAGGGAGCGACUGUAAUACUAAAUUUUUAGUCGCCCCUGGUCCGAUCGAACCUUCCGAGAUCUUCGACAUGACAUGAAACUCGUUGCAUGGUACAAAUGCGAGGGUAACGCGGGCAAAAUUGUGGAUUUUUAUGCCAGAACUCAUGUGCUGCCUGUGCUGGGCACAUGAAAAAUCAGUUAGAGAAGGGGAGGCCGACAAAUAUAAGGGAGACUGUGAUGGCUAGUUUCGACCUGCGGACCGUCAUCAGGCAUCCACGCUCAACCCCAGAUCUAAGUGACCGGGGACUCGAGCCCGUACCUUUCAGUUGUUGAUCGUUGAGCAAUCCAGCACUUCUCCACCUAACUCCCGGGCACGUUUAGCGACCAGUGGACCCGGGUUCGAACCCCUGAUCAUUCAGACCUGCGAUUAGGUGUGACUGGCUGACGACGGCUAAUAAGUCAAAAAUGAGCAUCCUAGUCUCCAUUGUCUUUGUCGAGAUUCCUUCCUGCAUGAUUGAUGGUCGCUGUGCGAUUGCUUACUAGGUCCCCAGGUUGAGCCUCAAGCCGCAAAGGGACGAGUCCGUCCCACAGUCUCAUGAGCGAACGUCAAUCCUACGGCGUAAAGGUGUGCAUACAGUGAGUGACCGAUCUCAAGAUAAGCUGGCCGAAGUUCUGAAACGCAUUUUCUAUUAGGAAGAAUUACUAAGGUAGGGUUGUAAUAUUGAUUAUUGUGCGGCCUUAUCCCAUAAUAUUUCGGACUCGCCAGGAUACUGGCUUUCGAACGCACUUCUUUUCGAUCUCCUAAAGAAACCGCGCUCGGUAAAAAGUGAUUACUCAAGUAGCAUGCAUUUUUCACAUUGAUUUUCGAUGGUCUUAAAGUUCAAAUAUGUUUUAUAGAAAACAUGCAAAACAAUAUGCUCUCUCUCAUUCCCUUGGUAGAGAAUAACACUGUCUUCAUAUUUUAUGCUAAACGAAAGGGUAUAUUUAAAUUUAGAAAAAGUCUUCCAACUCCCAAAUAAUUUUAAACCUGACCAGCCGUUGCAUUAGCGUUUAGCCAUUUCAGCCUACAGGGUGCAUGCUUUCCACUUAAGGAAAAUCAAUAACGCCUCCACGCCUUUAAGAAUAUACUAUGUAGAGUUCGUGAAAUUUCGCAAUGAAUGCGGACUAUGUUAUACACUUCUAUAAAAUAUAUCAGAAUACAUAAGACCAUCAAAAAUCAAUGUGAAAGAUGCAUGCUACUUAAGUAGUCAUUUUUCAUCGAGUGUGACAUCUGUAGGGGAUCGUAAAGAAGUGCAUUCAAAAGCCGACAUCCUAGCGAGUAUUAAAUAUCAUUAGGUUAGGCCGCACAAUAAUCACUAUUACAGCCCCACCUAAGUAACCCUUUCUAAUCGAAGACACAUUUCGAAAUUUCCGCCAGCAUUUCAUGAGUUCGACUACACACUGCAUGUUAUCGUGGAUAGUGCGCUGACGGAACGGGGUACAGCGAUAUGCCCAUUCCCUUGCGCUUUGGGACUCAAUCUAGAGACCUCGCAGGCAGUAGCAUGGCGACCAGUAAUCAUACAGGGAGGAGUACCGACAAAAACAAGGGAAACUGGAAUGUUCAUCCAAGUCUCCUUUGCGUCUGUCGUUACUCCUUGCUGCAUCAAAAGAAGAGUUACAAGGUGAUUUUUUAUAGUAAAGUAUGAGUGUGUGCUCCUACGUUUGCCAACCGUAAUUGAACUAGCAGUUGGUAGCAUUCACACCCUUUUUCCACGAUCUUCCGUGGAAAAGGGGAAUGACAGAACUGCCAGCGGAUGGCGCCGCCUAUUAGACUUUCGUAGUAUACUUGUGUCUUUAGGUGUUCGAAGCAUGCUUAGCGCUAUUAAUCCGAGCUCCACUGUUACAGGCAUCCAACAUGCAACACUGUUUCUGGAGUGGCCGGGUAUUGCCAUCGGGCGCAAGGCCCUGACACGACCUGAACUGCCCACACGAAUGCUUUUGCUGAAUGCAAGGUGGUGAGGAAAAUGCCGGACUUCCUCGGUUUUUGGCAGACAGUCCAAUAUUUCAUUUUAUUUCGAGUAUAAGAGUAGUUAGUUUUUAAAAGUCUACCAUACUUCGCUCCUCCACUGACAUAACUACGUGAGGAGAUAGUACUUUUGACAUUAUCAGCCCGACUGGGAGUCGCCAAAGAGCAGCAAGGUUGUUGCAGUAUUCUAGUGACAGAAUUAUUUGAUGCAUCAUCUAACAUCAUGCAUUCUGACUGAAGCUCAACACAACCUGGAAGGCCGCCCACACGAGACGUUUCGGAAAGCUGUCAGAGGCGCGUCUUCAACUGGGUGUCUACCCGAAUCCGCACGGCAACAACUUGCUUCCUCAGAUCUGUCACAUGACCGGUGGUGAAGAGCCCCUUCCGGAGGAAUUCGAUGCCCGGACAAAGUGGUCUAACUGCCCCACUAUCGGCGAGAUCCGUGAUCAAGGCAGCUGUGGAUCCUGUUGGGUAAGGUCAUUUUCACAGUUUAAUUCCUUGAAUGAGGAAGACGUCCUGCAGUUAGGGUUCUUUUCGAAAUUCUGCUGAGUCAGAUAACAACAGAGAGAGGUAAAACGUUCCUUUUAACUAAUGGCACUAAUGCUCGGUUAUCUGACGCGAGCGCCCAACAAGACAAUUUAUUUGAUUUAUGCUUUCUACAACACAAAAAUGGAAGGUGUUGUUUUGCCUGACACUUGGUACAGUCUGUAGCUUUGAGAACUGGGAUUUUUAUAACGGAUUAUGGGAGAUCAGAAGCUUACGCGGUUUGUGAAUUUUUGCUGCUAUACGGAGUGCACAGACGUUUGCUGACGGAUUGAGCCCUCCAGUUCUCAUAGUCUGUUUCAGAUUAAUGUUCUGGAUAUUCUCACUCUGCAUAUUUUCCCAAAUGGAUUUUUGUCGCUACUUAUUUGUCGAUACGGGCGAGAAGACUACUUUUAGGAAGUAGUUGGAGGUAGGGGAAUGCGGUCGCUCGAACGAUAAUUUUAUUCCUUGACAUUUCGGAUUCCCACUCGAAUCCAUCAUCAGACAGUCGCGGAUAAUGGUGAUAGACGCAUAAGGGAUGCAGUAUUGAUAGGAUGCAUUUGCCAUGAAACCACAUACCACUCACAAAUAGUAGCAGCUUCUCUAUUCAUUGCCGGUGGUUGUACUUGGCGUGAUGAUUGCUUACUUGCCCGAAUCCGAGUUUUUAAUUGUCACGAGUCCGUCACUGCCACUAGUUUAGUUCGCAGAUAUUUCCGAUGAAAGGGGAAUUUUUUCGCCCGUCCCCUGCGUGGCCACUUACUCUACUCAGUCAAAGUUUCGGCACAAAAUAUAGAGGGGGGAUCGUUGCGCUUAUAAACAGACUGUGAGUCAGAAAACAAUGACCCAGGCAGCUUGUGGCUCACACGAUGAUGGAUUCGAAUGUGAAUACAAAACAACAGGCAAGUAAAAUUCCUGCUUCAGAAAUUGUACCUGAUUUUUGGUUAUUUAGAUGCGUCUCUUCACUUUUGAUGAACGAAUGGCUUAAAAUAUUACUUCUUUAAAAGAGUAAUAUAUGGUACGAAAUCCAAAUGUCCCUCCAUUAUUUGCCACCUGAGUGUCUAGUGUUGUGGAUUAGAGACCGUCCUCCUGAAAGAACCAUGGAUCAACAGAAGGUUGUAGGAAAUAAGGUUACUUUGCAGUUAAAAAGUAGUUUUUGUCAAGUUAUGUGUUUGCGGAUUAAGUAAGCAGAACUGUUCGAACCCAUGUUUGUGCAAGACUCUGGCACGGAGUAGGGCAGACUUCCUGAGCUCGCGUCACAUCAGACGGAGUCAAUUUUCUCUGAAGAAAAGUAACUACACUCCGGAGAUAUUUAUUUUGCUAGGAAGUAGAAACUUUCACUGAAACAAGAGCUUCAUUCGCCUGACGUUUCGGAUUCACGCUCGAACUCAUCAUCAGAAACAGUAACAGAUACGGGUCAGCGACAUUUGUUUGGCCUAACUAUGAAAUGCUCGGUGAACUCGUUGGGGCCUGAACCCAUGACAACAAGGGAAAGCUUGGAUACAGCCAAAGCUCUAACCACCUGAGCUACGAGAUCCCACCUAGAGCAGUGAGUUUAAUCACAUUUGGAUCAAGUUACUCGCCCAUCCUAUUGCAACCUAUGGAACCCACGUAACUUGACCCAUAUGUAAUCAUACUCAGGGCUCCUGGUGAGGCCCCGUAGCUCAGGUGGUUAGAGCGUUGGUUGUACUCAAGCCUUCCCCUUGCUGUCUUAGGUUGAAAUUCUACCGAGGUCACCGAGUUUUUCCCAAAUGGGUCGAAAUAAGUCAUUCACAGUAUUCAUAAACACCUACUUAUCUCAAAGCAGACACAAAAUAUGGACUCUCUAAUUAUUUAUUUGAAUUAAUUUAAAGUAAAUAAUCUUAAUAGGAAAAAAAUUUGGAUUGCGCAGACUUCCUAGUGCCUGGUGCGACGGUGGAGCGUAUUGUUGACGAUAAAUUAACCGGAAAAGCGAGUCGAGUAGAUAAACAAUCAAGCACUGUGUCCUGCCUUUUCCCCGUUUGAGUUUUGUCGGAAGCGAAAAUCCCAAUUCGUAAAGGCGUAAAGAUUGGAACGGCAUGAAGGGCUUUUUUUAUCGCUGAAUGGAUGGGAAUGGCUCCGACCAGGAAUCGAAACCGUUUGCAAUUCCUGUUCGGUAAACGGUGCUUUGUGGACUAGACUGUUACGAAUAUCAAUGAGGAUCUGUUCGUUUUACUGACUAGAACAACAGGGCAGCUUGGAAGCUGAGAAAAAUCUGCACUGUUUUCACGACGCAUCUGCGAUCUCUCACGAUUCACCAGUGUGUCGAGGCAUGGAUUUUGUCAGAGACUGCUCUACCAGCCAAACUGAUGACUGAAGUCUUAUCAAUCCACUUGCAUUUUGCCCUUACUCAGGUGUUGACUUUGUUGAAGUUACAAUAAAGUUUCCGUUUUCCAAUCCAUGAUAACGACAAGUAGACAAAUAUUUUUUACACAUGCCGACAAUAUGGUCGAAUUUUCGCAAGCAUGUCGCAGACUGUAACCGGGUCUGACCAGACAGUAUCAAUGCCCUAAGAAUCCCGAUGGCCUCCAACGGAGCGCAGAAAGUUAUUUUAUUGAUGAACGUUUCCUAAUUCGGCUGACUGCAAAACAACUAAUCAGGGUCCCAUUCUCCGACCUUCUCAACCUGAGUUUUGGUAUGAAGCCGCGCAAUAACAAGCGCACUUUUUAUUCUGAGGUGGUCCAAUUUGGUACAGGUUUUCAUUUUCUACUUCCUAGCAUCAUGCUACCAACAGUAUGUGAAGAGCGCGCAUGAACAAACUGGUGUCACUUAAUGAAUGCAGGCCCCCCCCCCCCUAAUAGGUCAUUCUAAGCAAGCAUUUGGGUUUUCACUCUUUCAGGCAUUUGGCGCUGUGGAGGCCAUCUCGGACCGCAUCUGCAUUCACACCGGGGGGAAGAAGGUGGUGAGAGUUAGUGCUGACGACCUUGUUUCCUGCUGCACCAGCUGCGGCAGUGGCUGCAACGGCGGUUGGCCAGCUGCGGCCUGGAAGUACUGGGUGCAAAAAGGUCUCGUUAGUGGUGGUCUCUAUGGCGAUAACACCACCUGCCGACCCUACGAAAUUCCACCCUGCGAACACCACACUCAAGGUGACCUACCUCCGUGCAGCGGCGAUGCUGAGACACCUGAGUGCCGCAGGGAGUGUCAGGCGGGCUACCCAACACAGUAUGCGCAGGACAAACAUUAUGGUGAGCUUUCGACUUUGUUUACAUCUUGAUGGAUCCUUUUUUGUCAGAGAAACUCAAGUUAAAUCCACAGGGUAGCGUACAGCUUCUGUUGUCAUACUUCAUUUAAAACGAAUACCACGUUUUAUUUUUUCGAUCAGUUUUGGCUUAUUGGUCGUAUCACCUCCAAGUGCCCUACUAGCAGUCGAACGCGUAUCGAGUUCGCCUCGGGCUGGAGUCCUUGACCGGCCGAACUCUCAUCGACCUCGGAAAUGGCCCUCUGUUAGAGUCCAUAGCGAUAUUUAUUAGUCGGUCACAAAGCAAACAUUUUCCGCAUGAGUACAAUUCAGGAUUCGAAGGUCCGCCUAAAAUCAAUCCUACACAAAGUUCGAAAAGAUUUGAUAACCGAAUCUCAACUAACACUUUGUUACUAUCAGAGUUGCAGCAGCAAUAGUACUAGCGGUAAUAAUAAUAGUUGCACUUGUUGAUUUUGUUGUUUUCACCGCUGCAGCUGCCGACAACUGAAGUAAAACGGCUGAUUUUGGAAGCGGAUGGCAGAUGAGAACCGGCAGUAUUUCAAUGUCCCCCCUACUUUAAUAUAGUGAGCUCAUUCUCAUGCAUGGUAAACUGUUUUAACAUUUUUAUGUUACUUUUUUUCAAGGACUAAAAGCCUAUACUGUGCAUGGACGUGAGGAACAAAUAAAGAAGGAGAUUAUGACGAAUGGGCCGGUAGAGGCGGAUUUUGAAGUCUAUGCUGACUUCCUUAACUACAAAUCAGGUGUCUACCAGUACACCACGGGUGCUCUGCUCGGCGGUCAUGCUAUCCGCCUUCUUGGUUGGGGUGUUGAAAAUGGCACCCCAUAUUGGCUGGCUGCCAAUUCCUGGAACUCUGACUGGGGCGACAAGGGCUAUUUCAAGAUCCUUCGUGGCAGAAAUGAGUGUGGCAUUGAGAGCGACAUCGUCGGAGGAAUUCCCAAAGAAGUUUGA